CAGACGCAAGGUCUUCUGGGAACUGAAGGCAAACGACUUGACAGUUUUUUCUGCAGCAUGGAAGUCGCCACAGAUAGCGUGGACGUGGAAAGUGGAAAUACUUCUGAUCAAGAGGACGACAGAAGCUCAGAAAACGAUUUCGGACCUUCAAAACUCGGAACGAAAGAAUAUUGGGAGGAUACAUACCAGAAGGAAUUUGAGACAUUCAAAGACAUUGGGGAUGUUGGUGAGAUAUGGUUUGGUGAGGAGAGCAUGAGCCGUGUGCUGCGAUGGAUGGGCAAAGCUAACAUCCCAGAAAAUGCUGCCAUUCUUGACAUUGGCACUGGAAAUGGAGCCUUUUUAGUUGAACUGGUGAAACAUGGAUACAGGAAUCUGACUGGUAUAGAUUAUUCUCCAGCGUCUGUAGAGUUGGCCAGAAAUGUUCUGCAGGCAGAGGAUGUGACGGAUGUCUCCGUAAAGGAGAUGGAUUUCUUAAAAUGUCAAGGAGAGCUGAAAGGUUUUGACCUCUGCAUUGACAAAGGAACAUUUGAUGCUGUAAGCUUAAACCCAGACAACUCCAAAGAGGGCAAAAAACUCUACGUCCAAACUCUGAAAGAUGCACUUAAGGACCAAGGAUUCUUCUCUAUCACUUCCUGUAACUGGACAAAAGAGCAGCUGCUAGAAAGAUUCAGUGAAGGAUUCGAGUUUGUGCAGGAAUUGCCAACACCAAGUUUCCAGUUUGGAGGCAAGACGGGAAACAGUGUGACAGCACUCAUCUUCAAGCGAGCCGGGCCAGGGGGUCCAUGGGAGCCAUCGAUGUUGAGGCACACUGUUGAGUAAACACAUGGAAGCUUUACAAGAAUUACUGCCUGGAAUUUUACAAGGCUCUGGAUAUCCUGCCUGGAUGUGCAUAUUAUGCCCACGUUUACAACUCGCACAGAGAUUUUCCCAUGUAGUUAAAGCUCCAUUAAAUAUCCCCUCCUUUACCUUUGUCAACAUUCACUCAACUGUCUUUACAACAUCUUUUUAGGCAGGUCUUUGAGUGUUUUUAGCGUCGAUAGAUUUUACUAUGUACUUAAGUUACCAUGUUGAAUAUUAUGCAGCCCACUCAUUCCCCUUGCACAGGUGAUGUUGCUAAGAAACAGACUACACUGCAAUCCUGUUUGCCUGAGUAAAGUCAUGCCUUAGUUGGUCAGUUUUUCCAUGAAACAUCAUUCCUAACAGUGGAUUGCACUUGAAUCAGAAUCAAGUUUAUUGCCUUGUACUGGUUCACAUACAAGGAAUAGGAAGGGAUUUUGGUUCAUAUAAUGGUGACAAUAAACAUAUUAGGAGAAAAGGAAAAAGUUCUGCAUUUAACCCUUUGAGACAUGCGCAAAUUGGCUUUAUUUCUUUCAAAAACAUUGGAAGAAGGCAAUGAGCAAUUUAAGAAGAAAUGACCCAAAAAUUAACAAGAAAUUUGUCAAAAGUACGAGAAAAUUGCGUUAUAAUUAGCACAAAAUCAAACACAUAAAUGAAAAAAACAACAACACACACAUACAAAAACUGGAAAGUUUAAAAAAAAGGGAGAUGACCUGAAAAUACUGCUUAGUAAUUCUGUAAAAUAUUUUUUUUAAAUAUAUAAUUAUGAUAACUAAUUUGCUGAGUGUUCAAGGUUUAAUUACUUGUCAAAGGUGUCUGAAUGCAGCACAAGAAAAGGGAUGUCAAUCCAGUUUUCAAAGGGUUAAGAAUCUAAAACUGGAAAUUCACUACAAAAAUAUAUAAUGUACAUGUUACACUUACUAAAUUAUAAUGUCAGACACAUCUUAACUUGUCUAUAUCAAUCUUUACAUUUGGGGAAAUUGCUUAAACUUACAGUGCUCAUGACUGGUGACAGUUACAUGUUAUAUGUAUGUUUUUAUUAUUUUGAAACUGGGUGUAUCUUGAGCUUGUUUCUGCCACAUGCUCCACUUUGCACUGCAAGGAAGUCAAAUGGUCUUUCUUGUUAAAAGAGUCUGUUUUGAUCAAAAGGGAAGUUGGAACCAUUUCUUUCUGUCAUCUUUAGAAGUAUUUUAUUACCAUCCACCAUGAAGUAAAAUAAAACUGUAGAUCUUGCCGGGUUGGACCACGCUGCGCACUACAUUUACCACCGUCAGCACUUUCAUGGCUUUUGGGUUGGCACACGUGUCCGAAGCUACACUUUUAUUCCACUCAUAAUAUUAACCUAUAAGGGUUUUAGACUCAAUGCCAUAGCCCACUGGCUGCCCUACCAGCAUGAAUACCACGCUUUCAUUUUAACCUCUCAAGUGUGAUACUGCAAAUAUUUAUGUUUUUUCACUCCAUCUCCCUGGAAACACGUUUGAAGUUUCUCCUAAUAGGAUUUUCGUGGAUUGAUUGAAUUACUCCACCAUCUAGCAGUGAAGUUUUCCAUCUCAGGAGAGCCAAUGUGGAAGUGGGAAAGAUUCCUCUUUCAAGGCACUACAGAGCUUUUUUACUCUCUUUCUUUGUAGGAAUGACUACCCACGACAUUACAGCAUGAUGUAUAAGUCAAUGGAGAAACAAUUGUUCGGCAAUUUUUAACCAUUUCUAUUUAUGUUUGGGUCAUUGUCUUUGGCAGAUUAUGACUAAAACAGACAGUGAU